AUCAUCUGUCAUGGACUGUAUUAUUUUUAAUUUUUAGGUGCAAGAAAUGGAGCAAAUGUUACCAAACACCUGCAAAGUGAAGUUCGACGAUCCUCACUGCUUACACGAGUUCUCGCUGAUAGUCGCUCCCGAUGAAGGUUAUUGGCAAGGCGGCAAAUUCGUAUUCCGUGUCAGCGUUAGUGAAGAAUACAAUAUGGCACCUCCUAGCGUAAAGUGUUCAACGAAACUGUGGCACCCGAACAUAAGUGAAGAAGGAGACAUCUGCCUGAGUCUACUGCGCCAGAACUCGAUCGAUGGCCUAGGGUGGGCGCCGACGCGCCGUCUCAAAGACCUCAUCUGGGGAUUGAACUCACUUUUCACGGUAACUGAUAACAUGCAACAAUCAUUAUUUAUUAUAAUGAAUUGUGUUAUUUUCUAAUAUUUUUACAACAGU